GCUGUGGGGAGGAACAAGGCUCCACUUUUCAGCUGAGCAGUGUGAAUGGAAAUAGGAAAUCUGCAGCAUUGCUGGAAGCCAGGGGGAACUUAAGCAGCAUGCAGUACUCUUCUGUGGCGCUGGAUCCAGAAAUCUCCAUGAAUAACGGAUCCAGGAUUCCCCAGAACCCUGAGGAAGGCACAAAGGCUGCAGCCUUGGCGGAAGGUGAGGCCAGCAGGGCCCGCACCGUGGAGUGUUUCCGUGGCCGCUAUUUAACUAAAACCAGCACUCAGGGAGACGUCUACAACUUCCUGGAGAGGCCCAGUGGAUGGAAGUGUUUUAUCUAUCAUUUUGCUGUAUUUCUCUUGGUGCUGAUAUGUUUAAUAUUCAGUGUACUGUCUACUAUAGAGCAUUAUUCUGAAUUUGCCACUGGAACCCUUUUCUGGAUGGAAAUAGUACUGGUUGUGUUUUUUGGUGCUGAAUAUUUGGUCCGGUUGUGGUCUGCAGGCUGCAGGAGUAAAUAUGUUGGCUUCCAGGGAAGAAUCCGGUUUGCCAGAAAGCCAAUAUCGAUCAUCGAUCUCAUUGUGGUAGUAGCCUCAAUUAUUGUUCUGAGCAUAGGAUCGAAUGGACAGGUGUUUGCUACCUCUGCAAUAAGGGGCAUCCGAUUUCUCCAGAUACUUCGCAUGCUCCAUGUGGAUCGACAGGGAGGCACCUGGAGACUUUUGGGAUCAGUUGUUUUCAUACAUCGUCAGGAACUCAUAACCACGUUGUACAUUGGAUUCUUGGGGUUAAUUUUUUCAUCCUAUUUUGUUUAUCUUGCUGAGAAGGAUGCAGUUGAUGAAGAUGGAAAGACAGGUUUCUCCAGCUAUGCUGAUGCCCUCUGGUGGGGUGUGGUAACUGUCACGACAAUUGGUUAUGGAGACAAAGUUCCCCAGACGUGGAUUGGGAAGACAAUAGCUUCCUGUUUUUCAGUAUUUGCUAUCUCUUUCUUUGCUCUGCCAGCGGGUAUUUUGGGGUCCGGUUUUGCCCUGAAAGUACAGCAAAAGCAACGUCAGAAGCAUUUCAACAGACAAAUCCCAGCUGCAGCUUCCCUAAUUCAGACUCUGUGGCGGUGCUACGCAGCAGAGAAAUCCUGCAGUUCCACAGCGACGUGGAAGAUCUAUGUUACACCCCCAGCGCAAAAUCCCAAAAAGUCAGCAGCGCCAUCUAGCCCUAGUCUGAGAAAACAGGCUAGAAGAUACAAAAGAAAAGGGAAGCUAGGAUGUGGUAAUGGUUCUGCACCUGCAAUAAACCCAGGAGAAAAUGCCUUGUCUGUUCCACAGAUCACUUAUGAUCAUGUUGAUGAACAAGAGCACAAAAAAGAUGUAUCUUUCUACAUUGAUGAACCUAGAGAUCUGGCCAUGGAAAUGUGGGAGGGGAGAGAGGAAGCAGUGAGGCAAUCUUUGAGACAUGACCCAAUGAAAGGACGUUUAGAAGGGAACACCCAAGACAUGUCACGGGCCAACAGUUUCACUGAUGACAUUGACCUUGUAUCGGAAGAGUCUCCCCUGCCAGCUGUAUCUGAUGUGGCACAAUUAACUGAAGCACAUCGAACAGCUGUAAAAGUCAUCAGGAGAAUGCAGUAUUUUGUAGCCAGAAGAAAAUUUCAGCAAGCUCGGAAACCUUACGACGUCCGCGACGUGAUCGAACAGUACUCGCAAGGACACCUCAAUAUGAUGGUUCGGAUAAAAGAACUUCAAAGAAGAUUGGACCAAUCCUUGGGAAAGCCAGGUCUCUUCCUCCCAGAAAAAGGGGUAGACAAAGGAUACUAUAGUAUAGGAGCCAGACUGAUCCGGCUAGAGGAUAAGGUCAUGCAGAUGGACCAGAAGCUAGAUGACAUCCUGAACACACUCCAGGCUCAGCUGGGGGAUCAGCCACAGGCACAGGUGCCAGGGCCAGCAACCCCACCUGUCAGACAUCUACAGACAACCUCAGAUUCCCCCCCAGUAAACCGGAAAAUUUGAAAGCUGGUGCAGAGCCACAUGUCACCCUCUCAUUCUUUUACAUCCAGUUAUUUUUAAGUCUUGGUGUCUUCGGCUAUGUCAUCAGUGAAAUGAAAUAUUCUGCUGUAGUAGAUUAAAUUAAAAAACAAACAAAAAAAAAACCAAACGAAACCAAAAAAAAAAAAAAAAGCAAAGAAACAGCAAGAAGCCAGUCACAACCUUAGGAGAGCAUGAAGUUUUGCACCUGUUUUAUUAGCCAUCGUUAGCUAACCUCUGCCAGCCCACAGCAGUCCCAUCCAGAUAGGCUGAGCACACAAGCACAGGGCACCGCUGUCGAGGUAGGCAUCCCAGGGAGGGUUAGGAUGACCCAUUUGUGGGUAUGGAAGGGGAAAAGAACUGUUCUUUUGGCAUUUAAUCACUAAGUUUAAUGCUCACAGCAUGCCUGAAAGGGGGAAAAGAGCCAGCAUUUGAACAUGAAACAAAUGGAAAUCAGUGAACGGGAAAAUUAAACAGCAUGUUUUGACUUCUACCAAGCAGUGAGGAUCAUAAGAAGGGCAGAUUUAUAUGCUAGUGUGAAUGACAAAGUAAAGACAACAGGCUACUGAUUAAAAAUAUGGAAGUGUACACAGGCUGGUUGACAUAUGAAAGACUGAAGCAGACUUCAGCUAAUUAAAGCAAAGGGUUGCAAAUGAGAUGAGAUGCGUGUUGAAACAGACAGGCAAGAGAGAUAGUAUCUGCGUAGGCUUACUGCACAAGAACUCUGUAAUAGCUAUCAGCUAUGCUGAUGACUGUUAUGCAAAAUGUUCUCAAGCUUUUACCUUUAUUCAGCAGAGGUUGUUGACUUCAGUUGCCUUAAUUUUAACAUAAGAAACCUGUAUGGUAAUUGGCUGUGAACUAUCUGUAGAGCUGGGUUCAAGCCACUGAGUAGCAGGGUGCUGCAGGAGGGCUGCAGCUGUGAUUGAGUGGCAGGGUUUUUAAAGAAAACAGAAAUGCACAGCCUGUUGAUGAAAGUUAAUCGCUGUUUAAAUAAACUGCUAUAUAUUAUUU